GAGUUAACAUGUUAACUGUUAGUUCAAUAUGUUAACUUCUAGUUAACAUAUUAGUGAUGUCGCAGUCAUUGCUGAGACAAGGAUUGCUCAGUUGCAUUUAGACACUGUAGAAAACAAUUUAACUGCCAUGUUGUGUUAAAAUUAAAUGAGUCUUUCUUUGUUUCUUUUCUGCUCACAUUCUUGUAAAAUAAAACGUAUUCCCAUCAUGGCACACCACAAGGCUCAACCCUCGGCCCUUAAACGCUUAUUUCCAACACGUAUUUCAAAACCACUGCAGAAUAGGCAAACUGUCAUUUAAAAUGAUGCAAUUAUUAAAAAAUAAAUUAUUCGACCUCUUCGUCACAGUCGCACAGACACAAGGGCGAGCGCAUGAAGCAUUUUGGUCAUGUUCAAAGUGGGACUGUCCUGAAAACAGGAACUGUCUUGGCUAUAACGUACAUGACUGGAGAGUUUGUUGCAGUCGGCGUGUUUUCAGGCAGACAACAUGUGUACUGGAAAGUGCUCCCUUUUCAUUGCGAUCUCUCUCUACCCCCUGGUUCUUCUGUCCAUCCUCUGCAACAUUUUGCUCUUCUUUCCCGACUGGAGCACCAAAUAUGCCAAAGAAGGACACAUUACUGAGGAAGUGAAGUACAUGGGAGGAUUCAUCGGUGGUGGCGUCCUGGCACUGAUCCCAGCGCUGUACAUCCACUUGACUGGAGAACAAGGCUGCUGUGCAAAUCGCUUUGGGAUGUUCUUUUCCAUCAUAUUUGCCGCAGUGGGUGCAGCUGGUGCCGUGUACAGCUUCGUAGUGGCAUUGCUCGGCCUCUCCAACGGGCCUCUGUGCAGAACCUCAUCUAACCAAUGGGGACAACCGUUUAAAGACAAGAGCUUGGAAUAUUUGGAAAACUCUAUUUUGUGGGGCCAGUGUGAAGAGCCAAAGAACGUGAUCAAGUUCAACAUGGGUCUGUUCAUCACCCUGAUGGUGGCCAGCGUUCUGCAGGCUCUCCUCUGUGCCAGCCAGGUGAUCAACGGCCUUAUCGGCUGCAUCUGUGGAACCUGCAACGACAAGCAGGAACCCUGAGUUCGUAGGCAUGACGAGUUCAAAAAGCUGUCGCCGUGCAACAUCUGGAAAUAAGCUCCUGGUUGCUUUUUAAAGAAAAUGCUAACUUUAACAUUGAUGUACUCUUCAGCUGUAUUAGCUUGCUAUUUCCACAAUAUAUUACAAAUGCUUGAUUCUGUUGCAGCGUAUUAAUCUGAGGAGAUAAGUGUUUUAAAUGCCAUGCACAUAAAUUGAAUAAUGAAAUAAAAUGUUUGUGUGCACUGUU